AUGAAAAAGUUUUGUUUGACUUCUUUCCUUCCAAGUAUUUCCAUUUUUGUAUUUUCUUUCAUUUCAUCCAGUGAACAAGUAUACGACAUCGGAAGAUUGCCCAUAUCAGAAAAAAGAAUUGCUCUAAAUUUAAUACAAGUAUAUGAGGAAACAAAAGAUGCUCAAAUGAAAUUUUAUGAAAAAUUCGAUAAUACGCAGCAACUCUUCAAUGAAAUAAAGGCGGAGAAAAGUAGUACUUCGAGAGAAGAUGACCAAGCAAGGGGAUUUAUUAAAACCCCCCUGCAAGAUGCCACUUCCAAUACUACAAAUCCCUCCACUAGUACUUCCUCCUCCUUUGUUCAAAUAAUGUCUAAAGGCCCCGUAGAGGAAGAAACCAUAUGGAGAGCCCUGUACGACACACAAUUAAGGCGGUCCCCUCCAACUGAAGAGGUUCAUGUAUUUUCAACAGAAGAUGUAGAAAAAGAAUAUGGAAAAGCAAGGUUUGAUGCAUUUAUAUCACAAAUAUAUAUGAUGAAAAACCAAUUUGAAAAAGAUUUACUCUACAUGAAUGAAGAAUUGCCAAGGCAAAAAAAAAUAAAGGAUGUAAUAAAUAAGGCUGCUCUACUAGAACAGCACAUAAACAUGCAGAACAAAGGGAACUAUUAUAAAAAUGGACCUGUGCAGAAGACGUACGCAACGAGGGUACUCUGCUAA